GUUACGAUUCUUUUCCUUCAUUACUUCCUUGGGAUGUCUACACACAAGAAGAAAACCAGGAAGUUACGUGGACACGUGAGCCAUGGCCACGGUCGCGUUGGCAAGCAUAGGAAACACCCAGGUGGUCGCGGUAACGCCGGUGGUAUGCACCAUCACCGAAUCAACUUUGACAAAUACCAUCCUGGUUAUUUUGGAAAGCUCGGUAUGAGAAAUUAUCAUCUACGACGUAACACUAAAUGGUGUCCCACUAUAAAUCUAGACAAAUUGUGGACUCUGGUCUCUGAACAGACGAGAUUGAAGUACAAAGAUGUUGAAGGCAAAGCUCCGGUAAUCGAUCUUGUAAAAGCGGGAUAUUACAAACUCCUAGGAAAAGGACGUCUGCCGAAGCAACCUGUUAUCGUAAAGGCUAAAUUCUUCAGUAAACAGGCAGAGGACAAGAUCAAGGCAGUUGGUGGGGCAUGUGUUUUGUGCGCGUAAAUCAUCGAAAUAUCAAUCUCCAUAAACGUGUACUUUAUUUCUUAUGCUAUGUGAGGUGGUGGUGGAGGUAUUUGCAUCCCGGGUGCCAAGAGAGCUGGUGGUGGUGGUACCGGAUUAAACAUUGGUGGUCUGGGUGGAGGUGGUGGAACAGGCACCAUCGGGCCUAAUCCUGGUCUUAUCAGAGGAACUGGCGGUGGUGGUACUUUACCCACAGACGGCUUCUCGUUUUUAAAUGCAAAUUGCAAGAAAAAUUGUUUUGUGUCCUUGUUCCAGUGAGUCCAAAACUUUCCCUCUGCCUUUUCUACUUCUCUACUAGGAACCUAUAACAUUGAUUAUGUGAAUAAAGAAAAUGUCGAUUAUAUCGAAUAAAGAAAA